AUGAAAGGCUCACUUCUGGUUGCCGCCGCGGCACUCGGCGCCCAACAUGCCUCGGCCCAGUAUGCUACGGCUGCCAUGAUGCGGUUCCAGUGCUCGCAGCUCGUCAUCGAGCGGCUAGAUCCCCUAGUGAACCCCGGAGUGCUGGGAUCACCGCACUUGCACCAGGUCGUCGGCGGAAAUUCGUUCAAUGCGACCAUGACCCCGGUCCAGUACGAUCCAUCAAAGGAAUCCACCUGUACGACCUGUACCUUCUCCGAGGACUUCUCCAACUACUGGACCGCCAACAUCUACUUCCGCGCCAGGAACGGCAGCUACAAGCGUGUGCCGCAGAUGGUGAACCUGGGCCUCCAAGGGAAAGGUGGUGUCACGGUCUAUUACAUCCCACCCUACGAUGGCAAGACCAAGGUCACCGCUUUCAAGCCGGGCUUCCGCAUGCUCGUGGGCGACGCUUCCCUGCGGACAGAGAAGGGCAUGCAAAAGCAGAUCUGCCACCGGUGCCUGCCAAAUGUCGAGCAGAACCCCUUCGGCGGUGCGCCCUGCACGGGCGACGACACGGCGGCGUUCCCGAGCAAGCCGUGCCCCGGCGGUAUCCGGUCGACCAUCACUUUCCCGACAUGCUGGGACGGCAAGAACGUCGACUCGCCGGACCACAAGAGCCACGUCGCCUACCCCAGCAGCGGCAGCUUCGAGACCACGGGGCCCUGCCCGGCAAGUCACCCCGUUCGGCUGCCCCAGCUCAUGUACGAGGUCAUCUGGGACACGCGCGAAUUCAACGACCCGUCGAUGUGGCCCGAGACCGGGCAGCCGCUGGUGUACUCGAUGGGCGACAACACUGGAUACGGCCAGCACGGCGACUACAUCUUCGGCUGGAAGGGCGAUGCGCUCCAGCGUGCGCUGGACGCCCGCUGCACCGGCGACCGUUGCUCUGCGCUCACCACGCAAACCGCCGAGCAGGCUACAGCGUGCCAGAAGCAGCCGGCCGUGAAGGAAGAGACGGAAGGAUGGUUGGAUGCUAUUCCUGGGGGCGUGCAUGCUGGAAUGUAG